AACUUUCAGCUCGGCGACGAUACCAUAUCAUCACUGCGUUGAUUGAUAUCAAUCGUAAAGCUUCAAUCGUCUAAUGGACAGCAUCUGCGAAUUCUUCUAACGCUAUUCAUCUACAUCGACAUCAACACUUUGUCUUUUAACAUUGUGCAACAUGCAUAAGAUGACCGAACCACAACCACCUCAGGAGGACGCCAGCGAGCAGUCUCCUGAACCACUUCCACCUACCGAAGAGGCAGUGAAAGGCGAACCCAAUACCCCGGAGACAUUGACCGAACCGGUACCACCUGAAUUGGUACAGGAAGAGAUUGUUGAAAACCAAGAGAUUGUAGAAUACUCUCAUCAGGAGAUUGUAGAUCAAGGUGAUAGUCAGGAUCAAGUAGAAGAGGAACCAACCCCGGAAGUUGAAGGUGGUGAGGUGUUGACUUCCGUUCAAGGUAUGGUCGAGGAAGAAGGUGAAGAAAGAGAGGCGAGGAAUGUUGCAAUUUCACCGGGGACACCAGGACCAUCACAGGAUAUGUCUCCGCAACCACAACACCAUGUGCUGCUACAACAUCCGCAACAUCAACAUCUAGUCCAAACUAGUGAGAAUAGUGUAAAACCCACUAACACCUCAGUUAUUCGUACGUUGACUUCGGAUGGUAAUAUUGUCGUGCGGCAUGAAAUUGCGCACCUGCAACAAGUGGAACCUGGUGUUCAUAUGCAGGCAGGACCUUCACAGCAACACUUACAACACCAACAACAUCAGCAGCAUCAUCACCAGCAGAUACAACAACAGAUACAACCAUACAUUUCGAAUUCGUUACCGAAUGCUGAAAUUUAUGAAUCUGAAGAUGGGCAGCUUUCUGUGGGACCACCGACUUAUACCUAUACCACGAUUCAGGAUCAGGAGUAUGAGCAACUUGCUUAUCCUCCAGGUGCAGGGGGAUAUUUCAAUGGUAUGCCAGAGGGUAAUAUUAUUUACCAAACAAUCCCGUUUGAAUCAACUCAAGGAAUGGACCCGAAUGCUUAUCCAGCAAAUUAUCCUCAGCAUAUUUUGAUACCACCUGAUCAGCACAUCAAUGCACAUCGGGAAUGUGCUAGUUGCGGCACGCCUGGAGCGACUAUGGUUGAUGCAAUGAACAAUCAUAUUUGUAUCAAUUGCUAUCAAGGUGGUCGUCCUCUCUACCGGCAGGCUGCUCAUCCUCCAGCGAGGCAUCCAAAGAAAUGUGGGACUAAUGCAAAUAAGGGUCAGAAAGCUGCCACGCAGAAUCGUCGUACUGGUGUGGAGUGUGCUAACUGUAAGACAACAAAAACCACUCUCUGGAGGAGGAAUAACUCUGGUGAACCAGUCUGCAACUCUUGUGGAUUGUAUUAUAAACUUCACGGGGUAAAUCGUCCUUUAACAAUGAAAAAGGAAACGAUUCAAACCAGAAAACGUAAACCCAAAUCAAACACGCAGGCUGGUCCAUCCACGACUAUACAGCAUCAUCAACAACGCUUGAAUGGAAUGAAUCCGAAUAUUGGUCAUCAUCAUCAAUUUAAUCAUCCUGGUCAACCCAUGCCGUCUACUUCCGGGUAUGUUCCGGCUGGUAAUUUGCAAUAUACUGAACAACCACAAUACAUGCUCCAGCAGGGACCCUAUGAAAUAUUGCACAGCCAAAAUCUUCCGGCUCCAUUGCAACCAGUGCACGAAUACAGGGAACCUGUGACCGUUCCUGCGGGUAAUCUUCACGUACAGAAUCCCGAAGAGCAGACGACUGUUAUCACGUCCACUUCAACCAUGUUUCGCAAUAAUGAUCACGACCAGGAGGAGCCCGAAGAUCCGAACAACAACAAUAUGCAGUGAUUGUUUUAUUGUUAUUUAUUCUGCAUGGCAGAGCUAGUUUGUAAGUGUUUUGAAACGAUGAGCUUUCACAUCAAUUAUCUCUGAUUUUAAAGGAACGUUUGUAAAACGAUAAACAAUUUAUAGUCUUUUAUUUCUUAUACGAAUACUUAUCUAUGUAGUUGGUAGGAUUAAUAGUCAAUAGAUUUAGGGUUUGAUUUA